AAAGAAGCAUCACACUUGCAAUGAGGAGGUUGGUGAAUCACUCAAUGGAGUUUGGUACUUUCUUUAAUAACCCAAUUAUGAUUCACAGAGCUGAAGCAGUGGAGCACAAUUAGCAUGCACUGGUUUAUAUGGGGUCAGUUUAGUUCUAUUUGUGUAUAAAUAUAUAGAUAGAACUCUCACUGUAACGAAGUAGCACAAGGACGACAGCCCUUGAGCUGCUUACUGCUUAACAAUGGGUGAAGGUGAUGGUAAACCCUUGAUGUUUGUGGCAAAACCACCCCAUUUUUUCAAGGUAAUUCUCGAGGAUUCUCUUCGUGAAGGAAAGCUGAUGCUUCCACAAAAGUUUGUGACGAGAUAUGGGAUGGAUCUCACAAAUCUGGCACGCCUUAAGGUCCUUGGUGAGGCUUGGGAAAUUGAGUUGAAAAGGUGUGAUGGUAAAGUUUGGCUGCAAAAGGGUUGGAAGGAAUUUGCAGAGUAUUACUCUGUAGCCUGCGGCCACUUCCUUGUUUUUGAAUAUGAAAGAAAUUGUGAUUUCCAUGUCCUCAUAUUUGACAAUAGUGCCACAGAGAUAGAUUAUCCACUUAAGAACAACCGCAGUGAGGUGCCUGGUCGUGGACUGCUCAAAGAGUGCACGAAGGAUAGAGGGAAAGAAAAUAACUCGGUUGAAAUCCUGGAUCACUUUUCACCAUCGCGAAGAACAAGAAAGAAAUCACCAUUACCAUGUCCUCGGCCUCACAAGAUGGUGAGAACCUAUUCAACUUAUGAAACUGGGACCUGUUCAAAGCUAAGCACUUCGGUGGAGGUUCCGCCUACAGGCACUUGGUCUAGGGGGAUGAAACUAGAGAGUUCCAAGACGAAGGCAAAGUUGCGUUGUUCUGUCAGGGGACUUGAUGAGGAAGAUUCCAUCAGAGGUGGUCGAGGCAUGUUAAUGGCUAGGGGUCAAAGAUUAUCGUAUGCUGGGGCUCUUGCAAAUAUGCGAUCACUGACAUGCUAUGAAAAAGCUAAAGCUCUAUGCAGAACUAGUGCUUUCAAAUCUGAAAAUCCCUUCUUCAAGGUUGCCAUGAGCCCAUCAUAUGUUCAUACUGGAUAUAAAUUGAGUGUACCAAGCAGCUUUGCUCGGAAGUAUUUCACCAAAAACAAAGGAAAUGUCACCCUUUGUGUUACAGAUGGUAGAACCUGGCCGGUUAAGUACUGCAAUCGCACAAAAUCUGGAGUCAUAUUCUGUCAUGGGUGGAAGGCAUUUGCCAAGGACAAUAAGCUGGCUGUUGGUGACUUUUGUGUCUUUGAACUGAUUAAUGUUACUGAAAUGUCAUUGAAAGUUGUGUUUUUCCGCCUGAAGGAUGUAGAGAGUCUCCUGUCAUCAGAAGAUAUGGGAGGAGCCAAUCAAGUUGAACCAAAUAAAAGCCUGGUAGCUAAACCUCAAUCUGAUUGGAAUAGCAGAGAUGGAGCUGGAAUUUCUAACCCUGAUGAUGAACAUAAACCUGGAGAAUUUGAGCAUUCUGAAUCAAGAUUUGAAGUUGAACCCGACAAGUUUGGGAAACCUGAGCUAAAAAAUAGUUCUUCUGUGCUGGUGACUCGAGGUUCCAAAACUGAGAGCAAAUUCAUCUCAACACAUCCAUUCUUCAAAGUUGUUCUACGGUCAUAUUAUCUCAACAGAUGCUUCGUGUCCGUGCCGAUGAGCUUCGUUGAGAGGUACUUUAAGCACAAAAGUCAGAUUGUUAUGCUUCAAGUUGCAGAUAGAUCAUGGCCUGUGAAGUUGAUCAUCCGUUGGUCUCAAAGACAAGCUAUAUUAUCUGCCGGCUGGGCAAGAUUUGCAAGAGAAAAUUCUCUGCAGGUGGGACAUGUUUGUGCCUUUGAGAUUGUCAAGAAUGGCAUGCUGAAAGUUUCAAUUUCCAGAAGUGAUCGCUAAACUUGCCCCACGAAUCUCUUUCUAGCAAGCAUUUUGUUAUGGUCACAUGGAUGCAUUAAGAACGAAGAAAUGUUCUUAAGAAUUCCUCUUUUGCCUCUUUUGUCUCUUAAAUGGACCACUGUGCAGCUUUCUUUAGCUGAAUGACCCAGCUCUGUUGAACCCUAUUGUAAGAACUCGACCAUGUUUAACGUCCAUUAUGGGUGGGGAUUUCUUGACUGAUUA